AUGAAACACAAUGCAAUGAAGGCAGUGCAAUGCACAUGUACGUGUAAUACAGCCUCAUACAACCAUCUCAUUCAAACCUCCUUUAGGAAACUAUAUAAGCCUCACAUACCACGCUGCAUUUCUUUCUCUGACAAUUUACCCACAAAACAAAACUACAACAACAAACUCCGCGAAUCAAUCAUGGACUCUAUAACAACAAUAAUAAACCAACCACCAAGUUGGUCCCCCACAAACGAACAAAAAAUAGCAGAACCAUAUACUCAUGUUACCAGGAACCAAGGGAAAAAGUUUCGUUCCGUGUUAAUUCAAGCUUUCAAUAAACUAUAUCGCAUACCGGACCCGGAACUGGACAUCGUCAUUCAGAUCAUAGAAACUUUACAUAAUUCAUCCCUAAUAAUAGACGACAUUGAAGAUGGAUCAGCACUAAGGAGAGGACAACCGGCAGCUCAUGUGUUGUACGGUGUUCCUAUGAGUUUAAACACGGCUAAUUAUAUGUAUUUUAAAGCUAUGGAUUUGAUUUGGAAAUUACCCAUUGACGCCACUAUCAUUAUGGAUUUGUUAAAGAUUUUCAAUGAAGAACUCGUUAAUUUACAUAGGGGACAGGGGUUAGAUAUCUAUUGGAGAGACUCUUUAAAGAAUUAUAAAUAUGAUGGAUUACCCGAUGAGGAAAUGUACUUUAAUAUGGUUAUGAAUAAAACCGGUGGACUAUUUAGAUUGACAAUAAGAAUGAUGGAAACGUUAAGCACAGUGAAUUUCGGUCAAUCAAUGGUUCCAUUGUGUAACCUACUGGGAAUCAUAUACCAAGUGAGAGAUGAUUAUCAAAAUUUGAUCAAUGGAACGAUGAUUGCCAAUAAGGGUUUCGCUGAUGAUAUAUCUGAAGGAAAGAUGUCAUUCCCAAUAAUACACGGUUUAAGAUAUGAAAGGGAUAAUAAGUUAGACCCUCUAUUACUAAAUAUAAUAUUAAAGAAGACAGACGAUAUAGAUAUGAAGAACGUUGCUGUGGACUUCUUGAAAUAUAAGAGCCGAUCACUGGAUCAUACAGAGAGUAUAAUCAAACAACUGGUAAAAUUAAUUAAAAAUGGUGACUACAUACCGAAACACAAAGAUGAAAAUGCGUUAUCUCAAAUAAAUUAUAUAAUAGAUCAUAUAUCCAAUAUAUAG